UCCGAUGUUACUAAAAUACAAAAUUCAAAUAGAAAAGACAACCACAAAACUGGAUGGAAUCUUCAACACUUGUACCAGGUACAGGCAUAGGUUUUAUGGCCUCGAGUGACUAUAUUCUUUUCUCAUGUGUAAUGCAGGGCAGCAAACCUUUACAGAAUCGUCGAUCAAAGAGGACCGAAGGCUGAGGGUGCACCUACCAAGUCGUAUGGCUCCACAUCAAUCUCUCCUUGUUUGUCACAGACAGGGCAAGGGCUAUCCCUAUCAUUCCCACUCACACGUCGAGGAACCUGAAGCUUGAUACCGCUCCGGCUUCCCUUCCCUACGUGCAACUCUGAAACCUCCAGACUGGAUACCGGUACUGAGGCGUCCACUGUCAGCGCUUAGAUCUCCCCUCGCGCUUUCGUGCAGGGGAGCUGGAGGCCGCUAAUAACCGGUCCAAAGACUCGGUGGAACCCGAGGCUAAUCCUUGACCGCGCUUGGGGGCGAAGGCGCUUUCCCGCCGACCCCCAGCUCAGUCAGAAAACAGGUUGCCCCGGAAACCUAGCACCAGCAAAAGCGCCAUCUUGGCAGCUGCGUGUGACGCCGCACUCUACGAAGUGCACAGCGGAUUGGCUGCGCGUCCGCAGUAGAGGCGCGAAGCCGGCGAGGGAGUGUAGGCGGAGCCCAGGAGACUACAAUCCCAGCCUUCCUUGCGCGUGCGCCGGCACACCGGCAGCCGGAGAGGAUGGCGUUUGCGUUCGGACCACAACUCCCAGCACCCCCGAGACACCGGUCCUUUUCUUUCGUAACGCGGAGGACGCGAGGGACAGGAUGGAGAACUUUUGGUGUCCGUGAUCCGAAGGGCGGGAAAGGCGGACUACACCUCCCGGCGGGCAGCGCGCGGCUGCGCCUGCGCGCUGGCCUCCGUCGCCAUCUUGCCCCCUCUGAGGCACCGCAAACAAACCAAUUCCUGGUGUCUCCUAGUCGUGGCGGAGGAGCCUUUUAGAUGAGCCCUGAAAGGCCGGGCAGGAAGAACAAGCUCUUUGGGGCUACCAAACUGAAGCAGCAAUGCCUGUUGUGUGGCCAACCCUUUUGGAUCUUAGCAGGGAUGAAUGCAAAAGGAUUCUUCGAAAAUUGGAAUUGGAGGCAUAUGCUGGAGUUAUCAGUGCACUUCGGGCACAGGGGGAUCUCACCAAGGAAAAGAAAGAUCUUCUUGGAGAACUCUCAAAAGUUCUUAGCAUCUCAACAGAACGCCACCGUGCUGAAGUUCGGAGAGCAGUAAACGAUGAACGGUUAACAACAAUUGCACAUAAAAUGAAUUUAUCCUUAUAUUUGGGUGAAAGACCAAGUUACAGUAUGUCUGGACCUAAUAGCUCUUCAGAAUGGUCCAUUGAAGGUCGUCGGUUGGUACCACUGAUGCCCCGGCUGGUUCCCCAAACUGCCUUCACUGUAACAGCGAAUGCUGUUGCCAAUGCAGCUAUCCAGCACAAUGCGUCUCUUCCAGUGCCUGCAGAAACCGGAAGCAAGGAAGUAGUGGUUUGCUAUUCCUACACAAGUACCACGUCAACCCCAACCUCUACCCCUGUUCCAAGUGGCAGCAUAGCAACGGUUAAGUCUCCAAGACCUGCCAGUCCUGCCUCCAAUGUAGUUGUCUUGCCAAGUGGAAGUACUGUUUAUGUCAAAAGUGUUAGCUGUUCAGAUGAAGAUGAAAAACCCAGAAAACGAAGGCGUACAAACUCUUCCAGCUCUUCUCCUGUUGUUCUGAAGGAUGUUCCAAAGGCUGUUGUCCCAGUGUCAAAGACAAUCACCGUGCCUGUGAGUGGUAGUCCUAAGAUGAGCAACAUCAUGCAGAGUAUUGCCAACUCCUUACCACCCCAUAUGUCUCCUGUGAAGAUAACCUUCACCAAACCAUCCACACAGACGACGAACACAACAACGCAGAAGGUUAUUAUAGUGACCACUUCACCAAGUUCAACCUUCGUUCCCAACAUUCUCUCCAAAUCCCAUAACUAUGCAGCAGUUACUAAGCUUGUACCAACAUCAGUCAUUGCUUCUACAACUCAGAAGCCACCAGUGGUUAUAACUGCUUCACAGUCCUCUUUGGUCAGUAGUAGCAGCAGUGGCAGCAGCAGCUCUACGCCAUCGCCUAUUCCGAGUACAGUUGCAGUAACUGCUGUGGUAUCCUCCACACCCUCUGUGGUCAUGUCAACAGUAGCACAAGGUGUAUCUACGUCAGCUAUCAAAAUGGCAUCAACAAGACUUCCUUCCCCCAAAAGCUUAGUGGGUGCCCCAACUCAGAUUCUUGCACAGUUUCCUAAACAGCAUCAACAGUCUCCUAAGCAGCAGUUACAUCAAGUACAACAGCAGACACAGCAAGUAGCCCAACCUUCUCCUGUAUCUCAUCAGCAACAGCCUCAGCAGUCUCCUUUGCCACCUGGUAUCAAACCUACCAUCCAAAUCAAACAAGAGUCAGGUGUUAAAAUCAUCACACAACAGGUUCAACCAAGUAAAAUCUUACCUAAACCAGUGACAGCAACUCUACCCACCAGUAGCAAUUCCCCUAUUAUGGUGGUUAGCAGUAAUGGUGCAAUUAUGACAACUAAACUGGUAACCACUCCUACUGGCACACAGGCAACCUAUACCCGGCCAACAGUGAGCCCAUCCAUAGGCCGCAUGGCUGCAACCCCUGGAGCUGCAACCUAUGUGAAAACUACCAGUGGUAGCAUCAUUACAGUAGUACCCAAAUCCUUAGCUACCUUGGGGGGCAAGAUAAUUAGCAGUAAUAUAGUUUCUGGAACGACUACCAAAAUCACUACAAUCCCAAUGACUUCCAAGCCCAAUGUGAUUGUUGUGCAAAAGACUACAGGAAAAGGAACGACCAUUCAAGGCCUCCCGGGCAAAAAUGUUGUCACAACAUUGCUAAAUGCUGGAGGAGAAAAGACUAUUCAGACAGUACCAACAGGAGCAAAACCAGCUAUCAUCACUGCUACAAGACCCAUCACCAAAAUGAUUGUAACUCAGCCAAAAGGAAUAGGUUCCACAGUUCAACCAGCAGCUAAAAUCAUCCCAACAAAAAUUGUUUAUGGGCAGCAAGGGAAAACACAGGUUCUUAUUAAACCCAAACCAGUGACGUUUCAAGCCACGGUUGUUAGUGAACAGACAAGACAGCUGGUAACAGAAACAUUACAGCAAGCAUCCAGGGUAGCAGAGGCUGGUAAUUCAUCCAUUCAGGAAGGAAAAGAAGAACCACAGAAUUAUACAGAGAGUAGUUCCUCUUCUACUGAGUCCUCUCAGAGUUCCCAAGAUUCCCAGCCUGUAGUUCAUGUAAUUGCUUCCCGGCGUCAGGAUUGGUCAGAACAUGAGAUUGCAAUGGAGACUAGCCCCACCAUAAUUUAUCAGGAUGUAUCCAGUGAAUCACAAUCAGCUACUUCAACAAUCAAAGCUCUGUUAGAACUCCAACAGACAACAGUAAAGGAAAAAUUGGAAUCUAAACCAAGACAACCCACUAUUGACUUGAGUCAAAUGGCAGUGCCUAUUCAGAUGACCCAGGAAAAGAGACAUUCUCCUGAGAGUCCUUCAAUUGCUGUGGUAGAGUCAGAACUAGUUGCUGAAUACAUCACUACUGAUGCUGUUGGAAUUUCUGGAGAAAUAUCAUCACCUCCUCUAUUUUCAGUCAGCCAUCGCUCCCAGCCCCAACAGCCCUCCCAGCCCCAGCGGACCCUACUUCAGCAUGUGGCUCAGUCGCAGACCGCAACACAGACUUCAGUGGUCGUGAAGUCCAUCCCUGCGUCUUCCCCUGGAGCAAUCACCCACAUUAUGCAGCAGGCAUUAAGCAGUCACACUGCUUUCACCAAACACAGCGAGGAACUUGGAACUGAGGAGGGCGAGGUUGAAGAGAUGGACACUUUAGACCCUCAGACAGGUCUGUUUUACCGAUCUGCUCUGACUCAGGCACAGUCAGCUAAACAGCAGAAACUUAGCCAACCCCAGCUGGAACAGACUCAGCUGCAAGUGAAAACUCUGCAGUGCUUCCAAACUAAACAGAAGCAGACCAUCCACCUGCAGGCAGACCAGCUGCAGCACAAACUCCCGCAGAUGCCCCAGCUUUCCAUCAGGCAUCAGAAACUCACCCCUCUCCAGCAAGAACAAGCACAGCCCAAGCCAGAUGUGCAGCACACACAGCAUCCCAUGGUGGCCAAAGACAGGCAGCUUCCUACCUUAAUGGCACAGCCCCCGCAGACUGUAGUACAGGUGCUUGCGGUGAAAACCACGCAGCAGCUCCCCAAACUGCAGCAGGCUCCAAACCAACCAAAAAUCUACGUGCAACCCCAAACCCCCCAGAGCCAAAUGUCGCUCCCAGCCUCAUCUGAGAAACAGCCGGCAAGCCAGGUGGAGCAGCCAAUUAUAACCCAAGGAUCCUCUGUUACAAAGAUAACUUUUGAGGGGCGCCAGCCUCCCACAGUUACAAAGAUAACUGGUGGCAGUUCUGUGCCUAAGCUGACAUCACCAGUUACAAGCAUAUCUCCCAUUCAGGCCUCUGAGAAGACAGCAGUGUCAGACAUUUUGAAAAUGUCUUUGAUGGAAGCUCAGAUUGAUACAAAUGUAGAGCAUAUGGUAGUGGAUCCCCCAAAGAAGGCUCUUGCCACUAGUAUGCUCACUGGUGAAACAGGAUCGUUACCCUCCACCCACAUGGUGAUGGCAGGGAUGGCGAAUUCCACUCCCCAGCAACAGAAAUGUAGAGAGUCCUGUUCAAGUCCAUCCACUAUUGGCCCUCCCCUAACGACAAGAAAAAUUGAUGGACCGGGAGUACCUACGUCAGGCCAGUUCAUGCGUAUUCAGAAUGUAGGCCAAAAGAAGGCUGAGGAGAGCCCAGCAGAAAUAAUCAUCCAGGCCAUUCCCCAGUAUGCUAUUCCUUGUCACUCCAGCUCCAAUGUGGUAGUGGAGCCCAGUGGCCUUCUUGAGCUGAACAACUUUACCAGUCAGCAGCUGGAUGAUGAUGAUACAGCAAUGGAGCAGGACAUAGACAGUAGCACAGAGGACGGAACUGAGCCCAGCCCCUCUCAGAGCGCUGCCGAACGGUCCUAGCAUCUUGAACACAGGAGUGCACUUUAAAGCCUGCUUGGUUACCAAGUGUCCAGGGAAACCCUUGUAUUUUGAUGUCUAAAAAGAGCACUUUGCCCAUACUUAGGCUGUGGACCCUAAAACAGCAGUUUCAACAAGAUAUUGCUGCAGGAGCAGCAUUUUAAAACAAGAUAAAACUCCAAGGGGAAUGUACUUUUUUUUUUAUAAAAAAAAAAUAAGAAAAAAAAGAUGCACAUCCACAGUGACUACAGUGACUGAAGACUUGCUGUUCUUUCUCGGUUGAACCAUGGCCGAUAGAAAAGUUCAGUCUUAAAGUGGAAGGAGACUUUCCCUGUGAAUGUUCCUCAACUGGAUUCUGCUGAGCAAAAUGCCAUCGAAAAAAGGAGAAUAUGAAUAGUUUGUAUUUCAAAAUGAUGUGGCAGGAACGGUUUUUAAAAAAUCUUAUAUGUUUUUGCAAAUUCCCGGAAGUACUGAAUUAACAUUUUACUUUUGCUCAGUUCGUUAUUAGUUUAUCCAUAUAUAGAAAAGAGCUGGCAUUAAAGAAUCCCUGUUGGAUGGCGGAAAUCAGAUUCCUAACCAGAGGAAGUGCUUUUGGGGUGGCUUGUACAUUCUCAUCGUUGGAUGCUAAUUUAUUGUGGUGGUGUUCCUUUGUGCUCCAUGUAGCACUCUUGCCUUCUAUUUAUUUAAGUGUAAACAUUUCAAAGCAGGCCAUAAUCCUUUUGACAAAUAUCUUGUAAACCAGGAUUGCCUACCUUUUCCACUUCCCAUCUUCUUACCCCCACACUCCUUUUAAGUAAACUUACUAGAAAAUGUUUCAUUGUGAAGCAGAGGAAAAGAAACAUUUUCUGGUCCAAAGGAAAUGUUCAGUUUUGUUAGGAAAACAAAUUAUUAAAUCAUACAAUGCUUUCUUAACAAUGAAAUUGCACAUUCAUGUUGAACUGAGACUUUGAAAAUAAUUUUCACGUACUUUGUUUAAGCUCCUUUGAAAUGUAUAAAAGGUUCAUUUACAGUUCUAAAUGUAAUGUUUUUACACAUCCUACAUUUCUUAGGAUGCAGAUUGUCCAAGCAAUAUGUUCUGGUCUUGUGGUUGCUGUCUGACACCGGUAGAGCGAGGGAUGAGGGAUGGGAAAUUGAGUUAGUUUUGACGUGUUGUGGCAAAGGAAACUGUACUUUUCAUUUUUAAAAAAUGUAAAUAGAAAAGUUUUUAAUGGUUUUAUAUAGAUUUCACUAUAAAUAAGCAUUUUAAGACUGACA